AUGAAUACAUCGAAUCAUGUUACUACAAGGUGUGCAGCAUAUGGAAUUCAAUCACCAACAGAAACAGGAAUUAUUAAUUUCACAACAGCAUCAAACACAUCAUCUACAGAACAAGGCGGAAUAUUCAAUUCUCAAAAUACAAUUAAUAUUAUAAAAUGCAAUUAUUUAUAUAAUUCAUAUACAGGAAGCAUUAAUGGACUAAUACUCAAUUCUGGCACAGUCACAUUUUCAAAUUGUUCAUUCAUCAGAAAUAAAGGGAACUUUUUGUUUUCAGAUAAACCAUAUAUUAUUCAUUGUUACUUUAAAGAUAACGACAUCAAGAGAAUUUCAAGUGAUAAUAAUGUUUAUAUUGAUCCGGGUGAACCAUUUGAUUCAUAUUUAUCUCAUUAUGCAAUGGAUAAAUGUCCUGAUACAUACCUUGAACAAAGAUCAUUCGAAGAAGAAGACAAAUUCUUGAUAGAAGCUAUCAAAUUUGUGGCCAUGGGCGCAUAUAAUACAUCAUUUUGUGAAGCAAUGCAUUUAUCAUCUCUCAUCUAA